AUGAAUUUGGGUGCAAUUUUGUUUGAAAAGACGAGGCAAGCUCCAUCGCCGAGCAAAGACUUUCAUCAGCUUCUAGUAACAGAGAAUCAAGUGAUUCUAAGAACAUGGCGGAUCUCAAUAAGAAAAGACCAACGAUACAUUCCACCAAGCCAGCGAAAAGUACCAAUCGAAGAAUUUGACGAUGACUCCUUACUUCAGACAGACAUCAACCGUAUUUUUGGUGAAGACACGCUCCGUCUUGUACACAGCAUAGUAUGUAAAGACUGGUUAGCCCGUCUUCCUCAAAAUGUCCUCAUUCAUUUGUUGUCAUUCCUCGAUCUUGUCGACAUUGCAAGGCUAGGAUCAGUAUGCAGGUCUCUUCGGAAAGUUUGCUCAAGCGACGAGUUAUGGGAGAAGAUUUUCCUAUCCCAUUGUGACACCAUCAACGACGAAACUCGAUCCUUAGCAAAGGAAGUCGGUUGGAGGAAAGUGUUCUUUACUAACAAACUGCAGCUUCAGGUUCAAAUGAGACGACGUAAAGAAAGAAAUAGCGCUGAAAUGAAAAGAAAGAUAACUCCAGCUGAAGAGCAGAUCCCACUAACAUUUGUCACUCAGUCAAAUGGCAACUACGAUCACUAUUAA